CAAAAAAUUAUGCGGGGAGCAACAAUUGGACGGCAGAGCCGUUUUCAAUUGUAACCGUGUUUUUGUUCUGGCAAGCAAAAAAAGUCACCGCUAAAAAGACCUCAUGCGACGAGUUUUCACGCCCCCCAUGUUGCUUUUUCUUCCCCCUCCCCCUCUUUUUUCUUUCCCCCCUACUCAAUAUUCCAUCUCUAUUAUCGGUGAGUUUGGUACCGCCCUUCCCAAGCUGUGCCUACUGUCGUGCCGUCGCCACCUCACCGAGGAGCCCUUAAUCUCUCUCUCUCAGUUCCAUCUUCUUAUGUGGGGAAUCUCGACCGGAGCGUGGACAAGGAGCUACUACUCAAUGAAUGGCUCUGUGUUCUUCAAUUUUUUUCCCUCCCGUUUUAGACACACAACAGAGGAAGCAAUUGCUACAUGCAUAGAGGCAAUUGAACCAGCUCGGGCUGCACUGACAUCUCAGUUGCGGAACACAGUGAUAAAUGAUCUCAUAGAAGGUUUAACAAAACAUGAUUGGUUUACAGAACUUGAUAUUGCUGAUGAACCACCUCCUGUGAGAUUUUCUUUGAGGGAAUGGAUCAACCAAGCCAAGGAAGUUCAAGCAACGGUUUUUAUUGCAGUGCAUGGAGGUAUUGGUGAAGAUGGUACACUUCAGGCUUUGUUGGAAGCUGAAGGGUUUCUUAUACAGCUCUUAUCUUACAAAUCAACUGUUUUAAAUGGACUAAAGCAGAGUAUAUACUUUUGAGCCAUCACCUAAUGGAUGAAAUAUCUAAAUUUCAACCGGAAGCAAAACAUAGAAAAGUAUGCAUUCGGUGAAGUUAUUGCAAACAUAUUCUGAGGAUGUCUUGAACAUGACACAGGUGAAAUCCAUAUGUCAUCUUUGCAUAUUCGACUUUUACAUCGAUGUUUAUCUUUUAGAGGACAUUUAUUUUCAUUCUUAUGGAUAAUUUUUAUUGUGCUUGGACAGUUAUUGAUUUCCCUUGAAAUAUACAAUUUUUAUUUAGCAUGCUUUUUUACUAAUGC